AUGAAGUGGUCCAUGUCUGCAACACAAUUUGUAAACUUAAAGAUCAACAAGUCUAGAAAUCAAAGUUUUGGGUACAUAGUGGACAGAAUCAGAGAUAAACUCCAAAGUUGGAAGGAAAAGACUCUAUCCUAUGCUGGCAUAGUAACUCUUAUAAAAUCUAUUGCUCAAGCUAUUCCAAAGUCAUUGGUUCUUAUUAUUGCAAUAUCCAUCACCAUUGGAACACUCUACCUUGUUUUUAGGCCAAAGCUUCCUAAAUACUCAGUAGACAGAUUGAGAAUAACACAGUUCAAUCUGUCUGAUAAUAACAAUCUUUUUGUUACCUUCGAUGUAACAGUAACUGCUAGAAAUCCAAACAAGAAGAUUGGAAUAUAUUAUGGUCAUCGGAAUAUAACCGUGCUUAAUCUACCUUUAACGGGUCAAACACAAGAUGAAACUGGUUUAGUAAAUACUUUGCAGCAGCAGCUGCAAGAGAAAGUUUCUCAACAAUACUUCCAGAAAAAGGAAGAAGAGAAAACUAUACUGCCCCAAAUUUCUAAGGUGCUUUCAACUCAAGAUGCCUCGGGUAAUGGAGAAUAUGAAACUUCAGGAUCUAGUGGGUAUGGUACUGGUAGUGCUGCUGGGCUUACAAGAAUUAUGGUGGCAAAGUCAACAGAGUUUUCAUAUCAAGAACUAGCUAAGGCUACAAAUAACUUUAGUUUGGAUAAUAAAAUUGGUCAAGGUGGAUUCAGAGCUGUCUAUUAUGCCGAACUCCGAGGCGAGAAAACAGCAAUUAAGAAAAUGAAUGUACAAGCAUCAACAAAAUUUCUUUGUGAGUUAAAGGUCUUAACACAUGUUCAUCAUUUGAAUCUGGUGAGGUUGAUUGGAUAUUGUGUUGAGGGAUCGCUUUUCCUUGUAUACGAACAUAUUGACAAUGGAAACUUGGGUCAAUAUUUGCAUGGUUUAGGUAAAGAGCCAUUACCAUGGUCUAGUAGAGUCCAAAUUGCUCUAGAUUCUGCAAGAGGCCUUGAAUACAUUCAUGAACACACUGUGCCAGUUUAUAUCCAUCGCGAUGUAAAAUCAGCAAACAUAUUGGUAGACAAAAACUUGUGGGGAAAGGUUGCAGAUUUUGGCUUGACCAAACUUAUUGAAGUUGGAAACUCCACACUUCACACUCGUCUUGUUGGAACUACAUCUUACAAACAAACAAACAUCUUACAGACAACAAUUCUAACAAACAAACAUCAUCUUACAGCGACAUUCGAAGGUGAUGCAACGGAGGAGGCUGCUGGUGUUGGUGAUUGUGCCGUUGAUGCGAGGCGGAGGGUAAUGGUUAGAGGACGACGAAGGGAUGAAGGAUGGAGACGGUUGACAAUUGAUGGUGGUGGUUGGUAA